CAGCCCCCCGGGGCGGCCCGUCGGAUGUACAUGGACGUAUACAGAGCUCUAUCCACAGCCGAGUGUGGCCUCUGCCUGGGGCGGGGCGGGGGACAAGGGCUGCGGGAGGGGGCGGUGACUGGCAGGAAGGGGAGUCCCGGGGUCCGUCCCUCCCCCUCCCCAAAGUUCUGCCCUGUGCCGCUUUCCCGGCCCGCAGGGGGAAGUCCCGACGUCGGGCGGGGCGGAGCUGUGCCCGCUGCCCCUCCCGGGCCGUUCCGUGCCCGCUGCGGGCGGGGCCGUCGCGGCGCUUCCUGGACGGGGCAUGGCGUUGGUCACCGUGCGGAGGGCGCCGGGCUCCUCCGGGGCUCCCCCCGUGGAAGACGAUGCGCCCAGGCGCGGCCACCUGCAGCGGCGAGCUUCGCGCUGGUCCGGGGAGCCGCGCUGCUGCUGCCCGCCAAGGAGCCGCCGGCCUCCGGACCGGCCCCCGCCGCGACCCCGGGGCGGCAGGAGCGGCACCUUCAGCUCAUGAUGCGGCUGCUGAGGGCGCAGGACGCCAUCCAGCUGGCAGUGCGGCUGGAGGCGGCGCGGCCGCAGUGGGUACGGUACCUGCUGGUGGUGAGGCCGGAGGAGGUGGGCGCCGAAGGACAGACGGCUCUGCUGGGGGUGGACUUCACACACGAAGGGGCUGACCACUGCACCCUGGGCAUGGUGCUGCCCCUCUGGAGUGACACCCAGGUCUUCCUUGAUGGCGAUGGGGGGUUCAGUGUGACAUCCGGGGGGCAGACGCGCAUCUUCAAGCCCAUCUCCAUCCAGACCAUGUGGGCCGUGCUGCAGGAGCUGCACCGUGCCUGCGAGCUGGCAGCCCAGGGUGGGCACAUCCCAGGGGGCCCGGCGCUGUCCUGGGCACAGGAAUAUGCAGCAGUGCUGGACUCGGAGCAGAGCUGCCUCAAUGAAUGGUUGGCCAUGGCCGACUUGGAGUCGGUGCGGCCCGGCUCCCCGCUGCCCACUGAGCCGACAGAGCGCGUGGUGCGGGCGCUGCUGCAGGACGUGCUGACCUCUGCUGACCUGGAAAGCAUCACCUCCAAAGAGGAGUCCCAUCACUGUCCUUUACCCCUCGGUGAGUGCCAGGUGCGCACUGAGCUGGAGAGGCGUGUGGGGCACAGCCUGGAGCAGCACAAGGACUUCAUUGACAAUGAGAUGCUGCUGGUGCUGGCGCAGAUGGACCGGCCCUCCCGCGUCUUCCCACACAUCUACCUGGGCUCCGAGUGGAACGCAGCCAACCUGGAGGAGCUGCAGCAGAACUGCGUGACCCACAUCCUGAACGUGGCACGAGAGGUUGACAACUUCUUCCCGGCACUCUUCAACUACAUGAACGUGCGGGUAUACGAUGAAGAGACAGCCCAGCUGCUGCCCCACUGGAAUGACACCUUCCUUUUCCUCUCUGACAUCAAGGCCAAGGGCGGCCGGGCGCUGGUGCACUGCAAGAUGGGGGUGAGCCGCUCGGCAUCCACGGUGAUGGCCUACGCCAUGAAGGAGUUUGGCUGGUCCCUGGAGCGGGCGCUGCGCCACGUCCGGCGCUGCCGUCCCGACGUGCAGCCCAACCCCGGCUUCAUGCGGCAGCUCGACUUCUACCAGGGCAUCCUGAACGCCAGCCGGCACAGCAGCUUCUGGGAGCCGCAGGCGGCGGAGCGGUCGCCCGAACCGGAGGAAGCGGUGCCCUGGGACGAAGCGGAUCUGCCUCCGUCCCCACCCGCGUCCUCACCGCCCCCCGAGGAGGACGGCAGGCCGAGGCUGGUGGGGGUCUCCCGGCGUCCCCGCAUCUCGCUGUGUGCGGUCAUGCGGAGCAUCAGCCAGAUGGAGGCACCGGAGAACCUGGGGGAGCCCCCGGGUGGGGAGCUGGAGCCCCGGAUCCCACAGGUGUCCAAAGGCGACCGGGGGGCGGGGGACGGGGCGAGCGUGGAGGCGGCCCCCCCAGGAGCACGGCCCAGGUCCCGGCCGUGCCGCGUGGUGCGACAGGCCAGCGUAGAUGGAGACCGCGACCCUGCGGAGGACAACGGCCCGUAGCGCGCAGCGGGUCAGCGGGCACAGCCCCCCCGUUGUCCCGUAGCACACAGCGGGGGCACCGGGCACAGCCCCCACCCGGGCAGCGCUGCGAGCAGCGUGUGGACCUGCGGGGGGGCGGGGCCUGGGGAAGCCACGCCGCUCCGUACGCACUUUGUCACCUUAAGCCGCCACCACCGGCACCGCCGGGCACAAUAAACCUUGCGGACGGA